UCCCCCCUCCCUGCCGCGGCGGGGGCAAUGCCUCCCGCAUACGUGAUGAAGCGGGCGGCCGGGCUGGGCUCCGCCGGCAGCAGCCGUGAGCCGUGAGCCCGGGCGCCUCCGCACUGCAGCCCCCUCCCACCGGCGCGGGGGGCGGCGCGGGGACGCGGCUGCUGCGGAGCGAGAGCUCCAGCUCCGGCGGCAGCGAGCGGCCGCGGCACCGGCGCCAUGCUGAACAACCUGACCGACUGCGAGGACGGCGACGGCGGCGCCAGCCAAGGUGAUGGCAAUCCCAAGGAGAGCAGCCCCUUCAUCAACAGCACGGACCUGGAGAAGGGCAAGGAAUAUGAUGGCAAGAACAUGGCCCUCUUUGAGGAGGAGAUGGACACAAGCCCUAUGGUCUCGUCUCUGCUGAGUGGACUGGCCAAUUACACCAACCUGCCACAGGGCAGCCGGGAGCAUGAGGAGGCUGAGAACAAUGAUGGAGGCAAGAAAAAGCCCGUGCAGGCCCCACGGAUGGGCACCUUCAUGGGUGUCUACCUGCCCUGCCUCCAGAACAUCUUUGGGGUCAUCCUCUUCCUGCGUCUCACCUGGGUGGUGGGGAUCGCUGGCAUCAUGGAGUCAUUCUGCAUGGUCUUCCUCUGCUGCUCCUGUACGAUGCUGACGGCCAUUUCCAUGAGUGCAAUCGCUACCAACGGUGUGGUGCCAGCGGGUGGCUCCUACUACAUGAUCUCACGCUCCCUGGGACCUGAGUUUGGUGGGGCCGUGGGACUCUGCUUCUACCUGGGCACCACCUUUGCUGGUGCCAUGUACAUCCUGGGCACCAUCGAAAUCCUGCUGGCCUACAUCUUCCCGGCCAUGGCCAUCUUCAAGGCAGAGGACGCCAGCGGGGAGGCGGCUGCGAUGCUCAACAACAUGCGUGUGUACGGCACCUGUGUGCUCACCUGCAUGGCCACCGUUGUGUUCGUGGGUGUCAAGUAUGUCAACAAAUUUGCCCUGGUCUUCCUGGGCUGUGUCAUCCUCUCCAUCCUCGCCAUCUAUGCUGGUGUCAUCAAAUCGGCCUUCGACCCGCCAAGCUUCCCGAUCUGCCUCCUGGGCAACAGAACCCUCUCACGCCAUGGCUUUGACCUCUGCACCAAGAUGGUGAUGGAGGGGAACGAGACAGUUGGCUCCAAGCUCUGGGAGCUUUUCUGCACCUCCCGCUUCCUCAAUGCCACCUGCGACGAGUACUUCAGCAUGAACAACGUCACUGAGAUCGAGGGCAUCCCCGGCGCUGCCAGCGGCCUCAUCCAAGAGAACCUCUGGAGCUCAUACCUGACCAAGGGCGUGAUCGUGGAGAAGCGAGGGCUGCCCUCAGUGAGCUCCCCCGACACCCCAGUGGACAUGGACCAGCCCUACGUCUUCAGCGACAUGACGUCCUACUUCACCCUGCUCGUCGGCAUCUACUUCCCCUCAGUCACAGGCAUCAUGGCUGGCUCCAACCGCUCUGGAGACCUGCGGGAUGCCCAGAAGUCCAUCCCCACGGGCACCAUCCUGGCCAUUGCCACCACCUCUGCGGUCUAUAUCAGCUCUGUUGUCCUCUUUGGAGCAUGCAUCGAGGGGGUUGUCCUGCGUGACAAGUUUGGUGAGGCCGUCAACGGGAACCUGGUGGUUGGCACCCUGGCAUGGCCAUCCCCGUGGGUCAUUGUCAUCGGUUCGUUCUUCUCCACCUGUGGGGCUGGGUUGCAGAGUCUCACCGGAGCCCCCCGCCUCCUGCAAGCCAUCUCCAGGGACGGGAUCGUACCCUUCCUCAGGGUCUUCGGCCACGGCAAAGCCAACGGGGAGCCGACAUGGGCCCUGCUGCUCACAGCCUGCAUCUGCGAGAUCGGGAUCCUGAUCGCCUCCCUGGACGAGGUGGCUCCCAUCCUCUCCAUGUUCUUCCUCAUGUGCUACAUGUUUGUCAACCUGGCGUGUGCGGUGCAAACGCUGCUGCGGACGCCCAACUGGCGGCCCCGCUUCCGCUACUACCACUGGACCCUGUCCUUCCUGGGCAUGAGCCUGUGCCUGGCGCUGAUGUUCAUCUGCUCCUGGUACUACGCACUGGUGGCCAUGCUGAUUGCUGGCCUCAUCUACAAAUACAUCGAGUACCGCGGGGCAGAGAAGGAGUGGGGUGAUGGGAUCCGGGGCCUGUCCCUGAGUGCAGCCCGCUACGCCCUGCUGCGGUUGGAGGAAGGGCCCCCGCACACCAAGAACUGGAGGCCGCAGCUGCUGGUCCUGGUCCGCGGGGAUCAGGAGCAGAAUGUGGUGCACCCGCAGCUCCUGUCCUUCACAUCACAGCUCAAGGCUGGGAAGGGCCUCACUAUCGUGGCCUCUGUGUUAGAAGGGACCUUCCUGGACAACCACCCUCAGGCGCAGAGGGCGGAGGAGUCCAUCCGACGCCUGAUGGAAGCGGAGAAGGUGAAGGGCUUUUGUCAGGUGGUGAUCUCCUCUAACCUGCGGGAUGGCAUGUCCCACCUCAUCCAGUCCAGCGGGCUGGGGGGGCUGCAGCACAACACAGUGCUGGUGGGCUGGCCCCGCAGCUGGCGCCAGAAGGAGGACCACCAGACCUGGAGGAACUUCAUUGAGUUGGUGCGAGAGACCACAGCUGGGCACCUGGCCUUGCUGGUGGCCAAGAAUGUUGCCAUGUUUCCGGGCAACCAGGAGCGGUUUUCGGAGGGCCACAUCGAUGUCUGGUGGAUUGUCCAUGACGGGGGGAUGCUGAUGCUGCUGCCCUUCCUCCUGCGGCAGCACAAGGUGUGGCGUAAAUGCAAGAUGCGCAUCUUCACGGUGGCACAGAUGGAUGACAACAGCAUCCAGAUGAAGAAAGACCUGACCACGUUCCUGUACCACCUGCGCAUCACCGCAGAGGUGGAGGUGGUGGAGAUGCAUGAGAGUGACAUCUCUGCCUACACCUAUGAGAAGACACUGGUGAUGGAGCAGCGUUCCCAGAUCCUCAAACAAAUGCACCUCACCAAGAAUGAGCGGGAGCGGGAGAUCCAGAGCAUCACGGAUGAGUCCCGUGGUUCCAUCCGGCGCAAGAACCCGGCCAACACGCGCCUGCGCCUGAACGUCCCCGAGGAACAGGCUGCUGAUGGCGAGGAGAAGCCGGAGGAGGAGGUCCAACUAAUCCACGACAAGAAUGCCACCACCUUCUCCAGCAGCUCCCAGUCCCCUGGUGAUGAGGUGGAGGCAGCCCCUGAGAAGGUGCAUCUCACCUGGACCAAGGAGAAGUCUGUUGCUGAGAAGAACAAGAGCAAGAGCCCCGUCAGCCCUGAGGGCAUCAAGGACUUCUUCAACAUGAAGCCGGAGUGGGAGAACCUGAACCAGUCCAACGUGCGAAGGAUGCACACAGCUGUGAAGCUCAAUGAGGUGAUUGUGAAGAAGUCCCAGGAUGCCAAGCUGGUCCUGCUGAACAUGCCAGGGCCUCCCCGUAACCGGAAAGGGGAUGAGAACUACAUGGAGUUCCUGGAGGUGCUGACGGAGCAUCUGGACCGAGUGCUCCUGGUGCGUGGUGGGGGCCGGGAGGUCAUCACCAUCUACUCCUGAAAGAUGGCGCGAGAGAGGUUUGUCUGCACACUGAGAGCCCCGCCACCCCUUUGCAUCGUGCUCCCGGAGGGGAGGAGGGAAGGCCGGAUGGCAGCCGGUGCGCAGAACCUUCACCUGGCUUUGGCCGUGCCCCUGAUCUCUCCAUUCGAACUGCAGCACCAGAUCUUCCGGGAGCAUCCAGCACCAGAGCAGCUGUUCCUCAUUGCAACACCACAGCACUGCUGUCCUUGUUUAUAUAUAAAUAUAUACAGUGAACCGCGGACUGAGCACCAGAGCUCGGCGCUGCCGCCACCGCCCGCCCUGGCACGGCCAGCCCCGCCGCCAGCCCCAGCACUGCCGCUGGAACGCCUGGCCGGGCAGGAGGGCGGCUGUGCCGAGACGGACCUUGGCCCCACCGUGCUGCUACUCCUGCACAGACUCGGCUGGAUGCGCCUGUGCCCCGUGCCCGCCGCCUGCGCCGUGCCUCCCUGCGAGGCGCUGGGAGAAGAGAGAGGCCCCCGUCACCCUCCCCUCGCCGGACGCUCCUCUCCCCACAUCCAGCAGCGCCCGAGGCUGCCUCCCACGGCGCUGCACCCCUGCUGCCCCUCACCGCCAUGGACCCGGACAGCCCCACCUCGCCGCUGCCUCGGCACCGUCGUCUCUGGAGGCUGCUGAGCUUGUGGAGAUGCAGCACGAUGGUUUGGAGGAGGCAGAGGGUGGGGGGCGGCUGUGAGGGGUCAGGUGCUGGAGCACAGCAAGGCCGUGAGAGCAAGAGCCCUGACCUAGGGUGGUUGCGGGUGUUCCCUGUCCUCCCUGCCUGACUCCAGGCUCUCUCUUCCCUCACGCUCUCCAGGUGCACCAGUCGCGGUGCGGAGCUGCGGUGUCGGGAGCCGCGCAGCGGCCCUGCCACGCGCAGCGUGAGCCGGGGCUUCUCUCGGCGGCUGGAGCCGCAUGGGUGCUGGGGACCCCCGAGGCACCAGUGCCUGCUCCUGCCUGGCACAGGGGUGUCCCGGACCCCCACCCUGCUCCCCCGCCGCACUAAACUGGGGGCUCUCAGGGCCCGGCACCAGCCAGCCCGGCUGGCCCCAGCGCCUGCACAUAUGUCUGGGUCCCCCCCGUGCCCCGCUGCGCUCCCUGCUGCUCCCCAGGGCUUCGCUGCUAACCCAGCCCUGGCCCCGGCUCCAGGCAGUCGCAGAUGCUGCCGGGGGCUGUAGGACAGUCUGGAUCUGUGUGUAUUUUUAACAUAUGCAAAGGCUGUUUGCUAAUCUGACCAGCAAGACCUCACAGUGAGGUGGGGGCUGUAGGGGUCCUACCGCCCCCCGGCAUCAUGACACUCUCUGACCCGGCUGGCCAGGGCAGCCCAGGCACCAGCCACACCACAGCCGUCAGCCCCCGCGCAGGCAGCAGAGCCCCCGGGGCAGAUCAAACACCUCUUAUCUUUGGCAGCAGCUGCAGGGUCGCCCCCGCCGCCGUUUCCCAGCCCCUCCCCCCCCCCCCCCCCCCCCCAAGCAUCUCUCAUAGAAGAGAAACUGAGGCGCUUUUAACAAAUGUGAACGGUUCCAGGAACCACGCAGGAAGCGGUGCGAGGGCAGCAGGGUGCCGCUGGCGCCCGCCCCAGCCCCAUGUACAUAGUGUACAUAAUACAGUACGUGUAUUUUUAAAGUGAUCAUAUUUAUGUUAAUAGAACCAGAUGAAGUCUAUAUAUAGAGAUCUAUAUCUAUUCUGAGAGAUGCAGGGCUCUGCUAGCACCAGGCCGCAGGGACGGGGAGCUGAGCCGGGCUGCUCCUGCACAAACCAGGAGCCCAUCCGUUGCACCAAGUGCUCCAGAGCGGUGGUGGAGGCUGCAGCCUUCCCCGGCCACCAGCAGCCCCUGGGAAAGGGCCAGGUCGCAGGUUCAUUCUCUUCUCAAUUUAGCUUAUUAAGAGUUUUCAGGGAAAAGAAGUCACAGACUUUUCUGAACUUGUUUCACAGCAGAUUUGAGCUUCCACUCAAAGUGCAGCCUGCUAAGAGUUGCCCUCUCCUGGCAGCGCUGGCAGCUUUGUGCCAGCCUGGGCCCUGGAGCAGCACUUUGUUCCCGGCCAGAGCUGAGCCCUUGUGCUGAAGCACUCGCCCCCUCUGCCCCUCCAGACGCUCCCCAGUGCUGCUCUGCACUGCAGGAGGCGCAGAGGGAGCUGGUGCUGCUACAGCAUCCCCGCGGGUGUCCAUCCAGGCAGCAGCUGCCUCCUGCCUGGCAUGGGCAGCCCUGACUGGUCCCAGCUCCUUGCCCACCUGACUCCCUGCCAACCUUGACUCCUGCCUCCCUGAGAACAGGAAACCCCUCCCUGGCACCAGCCACUCCAGCCCGUGCUCCCUUUCAGAGCACCUCUACUCCAGGUCCAGGCCAAAGCUAUUUGGGGAUGCUUGGAUAAAAAGCAGUGGGUUUUUUGAUGUUGGAUUUUUUUUGCUAUAAGAUACUACUUGGACACACUCCUAGACCAAAACCAAGCCCCAGCUGCACAUCUGUGCCUGCUCAUACCUUGCUCCUACAUUUCCAUCACUCCCGAAGUGCCUCCCUUCUCUCCAGAGCAGUCCCAGUCACAGCCAGACUUUCUGCCAGGGUAGCUGCCUGUGUGGCUGCUGGUCUGUGUCACAGAUGCUGCUGUGGAAGCUGGUCCCACAGGCAUGGGGAGCUCAGCAUUUACAUGGGGACUGUCAGGCUGAGCUGAGAUCUGGCUUCAGCACAGGAGCUCAGGGCUGACGAAUUGUGCAGAUGCACAGGGCAGCACUCUCCAGUCCUGCUGCUGCCUCAGCAGCCUGGGAGCUGUGGGAAGAGCAGGUAGGGGUCUGCAAGUGAAAAGUUCCUUUAGUUUUGGGAAGGGCAGCCCAUGGGAACCAGGAUUUGCCAGUGUCUAGCUGCUCUGCCCCUUGGAGCUGGCCCUAUACCACCACACACAAGCUGAGGGGCUGUUUCCAGCCUCCCAAAAUUAUUUGAGGCACUUCAGCAGCAGCGGGGGAGGCACAGCAGCCUGCCCACACAGCUCAUGUGUUAGCACCAUGUUGUUGGGCCUCGAGCACUUGCCAGCUGCUCUGCCUCUUCACAAGAUGCCACUUGCUCCCUGCAGUCACCCUCUAAUUGCAGCUUGGCUGCUGCCCCCUGUGCUGCUGGGCCUGAGGCAGAGAGCGUGGUCCCCUCCUGCCCUGGCACAUGGCGCAGGGCAGAGGGCAGAGGCAGGUUAUACACAGCCUCUGCCGAGGCUGCAGACAGCAGCCACCCUUGCAGCAUCAGGGAGAGGCUCCUCCGUUGGCCGCAGGUACAGGGCAGCCAGGAAUGACGUUUGCAGAGCAGUGGUGAGAGCAGCCAGGGCACACUUCUGACAGGUUUGCUUCAUCCCCCCAGCAUCACCAGUGGAUCCCGUUCCCCUCAGCACCACUUCCACCCUGACGGCAAAGGCAUGGUCCCAGCUCUCCCAGGGAGCAGGAAGGCCAUUCCUUUCCAUCACUACUGCUGAAAAAAGGCGUUCCCCUUCCCCAUCCUUCAGCAAGAGCAGGGGCACAGCUCUGGACAGUCAGGGCUGCUCCACACCCCUGCCAGGCAGUUUGGCUGUGGCAAGACAGGAGCUGGUUUCCACAGCGUGUCCCCUCGCCGUCGGCGGGAGAGGGCCAGUUUUAGCAGACAGCACUGCAUGUUAGUUUACAAACCCAGCCCUGCACGUUUGGCCUCUGUGAGCGUUCAGUUUCCCCAUGGAGCACCCUUCUGCUGCUCCACCGUGGUGAAGACAGUGUCCUCCUCUGGUAGACAUGCAAGUUCCUCCUUGGCACAUGUGCAGACACGGUCCGGUUUUUGUUCCAGACAGGAAGGUCUUGACCCCCCAGUUUGUUUUACAGGCAGGCUGCUGCUGGAGCAGCACUGAGCAGCACAACCCAUGGGAGGGUGGGCUGGAGUGUGGCCACAGCAGGCAGGGAAAGUUCGGCCAGCACACAGUGCUGGUGGCCUGUGCUCCAGUCCCUGCUGCAGGAGGGCCAAGCAGCCCUGGCCCCUGUGAGUGGCAGUGGGCAGCUCAGGUCACUGUGGCCACCACGCAGCACAGACAGCAAGCCACAGGGCAGCAGAGACAGGAGGCACAGGCAGUGUCCAGCCUGGACGGGUGCUGGUCUGUGGCUGGACGAGAGGAAGGACAAGAGACUGCACAAGGGCAAGAGUUGCACUAGAAGAGUCAAGACCCUCCUCUGUGUAGCAGGACUAAAAACUAGCAGAAAGACCGAAAGGUCUGAGAUUUGCUGGUUACAACACUUUCUGUGCUACAUGUGCAAUAUAUUUGUUAUGAAUGUUAUCACGAAGUCGGUUCAUUCAAUACUCUUUUAAUCACUGUAGCUAGAUGUUCUCUGUCCAUUCAAGUGACUUUUAUUCGAGUGCAAUAUUUCAAUAGACAUGUAGUGACCUAGAAUGCUUUGUGUUUUAGAGAAUCUGUGUGCAGAGCAAUGCAAUUAAGUUUAAAACCUUGUAAAUAAAACAGGUUGCAAACCAAAAAAAAAAAACCCUAUUAGGCUUGCAUUUAAUUUCUGUGUGUGUUUCAGUGUUGUGCAUUAGGCCGCCUCGGUGCAGACCCCGUGUUCUCUGUGCAGGUGUUCAUGGAGGAGUGGCUCCUCAGCUGUUGAAUGCUCCCUGUUACUGCUUUACUGCUUUACCUGUAUUCAUUUUUCUAGACUCCUGUCUGCACAAAAUGCAAUAAAUGAUUUUAUUACACCCUUCA